UUCAAUUCCAAAUUCUAAACUUGAACUGGACACCCCCUUUCAACCGCAAUACAGAUAGUACAGUACCGCCGACUCAGCAUUUCUUCAGUAGUAGGCGGAAACACACGGAAGCGACGCUUAAAAGCGAUGAGCUUUUAUUAGCCUGCUCUCGCUUGAAAAUUUGAAAUGUAAAACCUCGCUUGGACAACCACCAUCAUCAUGUUCUCCACGCCCGAUGAAACAUCUACUUCACCUGUCUUCGAUGAAAAACAUAUCGAAGAAUCUUCCCCGCCUUCCAGAAUGCACGCAAACAACCCAGUCGUCUCCAGCGCCGAGUUUAUCCUCAAACAAACAAACAUCGUCAAAAUCAACGACGACGGGAUCAAAAAAGCCACACAAUAUAUUUUACAAAAGGUUGCUUCCGAGUCCUAUACUCCACGCACAUGGCGCACGCACCCCUUGCAUAUAUGUCCGCCCGAGCCGUAUGACCCCGACGAUGUACUCACGGGUGCAUGUCUGAACUGGAUAUUCCUCAUCUCUUCUUUGAAUUUCAGUUUUUGGUCGGAAAAGGAAGGCCAGCCGGAUCGGUACGGCGUUGAAUGGCGGACUAGUUGGGGCUUAGUCGCCGCUCUGAAUCGAGCGUUAGAGGAGGGAAUACCCAUCAUCGACCCUAGAUUUUAUUCCUCCCAGACACUGUGCCCAGACUCGCUAAUCGCGCACGUGUUCCGCGCUGCACCCCAAUCUACCGAAACAAUGCCCCUGUUUAAUGAGCGUCUAGCGAUCAUGCGCGAAGUCGGUGCUAUACUCUGUAACGAUGAUUUUGGAGGAUCAUACCUAGGGUUUCUAGAAGCCUUUCAGAGAAGACAUGAGAAUCAGGGCACGGCGCUCGACCUCGUCCAAUUCGUAACAGAUUCGUUCCCAAGUUUUAGAGAUGAACGAAUGUUCAACGGACGACGAGUACAUUUCUGGAAACGGCCCCAAAUCCUAGUAGCGGAGACCUGGGCAGCCUUCUACCCUGAAAACCCCUACACCCCACACCCCAUUUUCCCCGGCCUCAGCGGAGCACAAAUAAGUGCCCUAACGAUGUUCGCAGAUUACCGUGUCCCCCAGAUCCUGCAUCACCUGCGGAUCCUCGCCUAUCCCCCAUCGCUCGAACACAAACUGCGCACCGGCACGUAUCUAGAAGCUGGAUCGAGAGAAGAGAUGAGCUUGCGCGCGGCAAGCAUCGUUGCUGUUGAACGUGUCAGGAGUGAGAUGAUAAGUUGUGGAUCGGAUUGGGAUGCGAGUUGUGUAUUGAUUGAUUUUUAUCUUUGGGAUUUGGCCAAGAAGGUGGAAAUGGGGGAAGAGCGCGCUGAGGGGAUUGAGACGGAUGGGAUUUUGCCAGCGCAUAGGACGAGGAGUAUUUGGUAUUAAGUUUUUUGGGCUCAUUGCAAUUGAUAGAUCUAGACUUCACUUUACUCGUGUUCCCCUCUUUCGUCGAUACUAUAAUACUAGUAGCGAUAGGGUUUAAAAUUUACUCGCAUUUUUGUAAA